AUGCUCACGGUGUCUCUCCUAGACGCGCAACUCGCUCGGUGCUCCUCCGCGCGCCAUCUCCUCCAGAUUCACGGCCAGUUCAUCGCCUCCGGCCUCCUCGCCGAUGCCUUCGCCGCCAGCCGCCUCCUCCUCUUCACCUCCGCUACCCGCCUCCUCCCGCUCCCCAUCCACCAUUCGUUCCGCCUCCUCCGACUCGUCCGCUGCCCCAACGCCUUCUCCUGCAACACGCUCCUCAAGGCGGCCCUGCUCGCUGGGACGCCGCACCUCUGCCUACCACUCUACACCUCCCUGCCGGCGUCCCCCGACGCCUACACCCACCCCAUCCUCGCCGCCGCCUGCGCGGCCAGGAGGGACGUGAGUGAAGGCAGGCAGGUGCAGUCACACGCUAUCAGGCACGGGUUCGGUGAUGAUUUGUACCUCAGGAACGGCCUGAUGCAUAUGUACUCUGUUUGCGGCUGCCUCAGGGACGCACGCAUGGUGUUCGACGCAGGUCCCGUGUGGGACGCUGUUUCGUGGAACACCAUCCUGGCUGCCUACGUGCAUGCUGGGGAUGUUGAUCAGGCGGUUGGGGUGUUCGCACGGAUGCCAAAGCGGAAUGCCACAGCGGUGAGCUCCAUGGUAUCAUUGUUUGGGAGGAGGGGUAUGGUGGACGAGGCAAGAUGGGUGUUUGACGAGGCUGAGUGCAGGGAUAUUUUCACGUGGACUGCCAUGAUUUCUUGCUUUGAGAGGAACAACAUGUUUGCAGAGGCGUUGCAUAUGUUCUCGUGCAUGCGUCGAGAGAUGCGGCCUGUGGACGAGGCGCUGAUGGUCAGUGUGGUGGCCGCUUGUGCACAGUCAGAGGUGAUUCGAAAUGGGGAACUGUGCCAUGGACUGGUUAUCAGGGCUGGCCUUUGUUCGCUGCUAAACAUUCAGAAUGUGCUGAUCCACAUGUACUCAUGUUGCCUGGAUGUUGUUGCAGCACGGAGGUUGUUUGACAGCGGUGACUGCUUGGACCAGUUCUCCUGGAACUCGAUGAUAGCAGGCUAUCUAAAGAGUGGUCAUGUCGAAAAUGCAAUGACAUUGUUCAGUGCAAUGCCUGACAAGGACAAUGUUUCUUGGAGUACAAUGAUUUCUGGUUGUGUGCAGAAUAACCAAUCCUCAGAUGCACUCACUGUCUUCGAUCACAUGCGAGCCCAGGGAGUCAGGCCGGAUGAAGUUACUAUCAUUAGUGUUAUAUCUGCAUGCACCAAUCUGUCUGCUCUGGAGAAAGGAAAGUCGGUGCAUGAUUAUGUAAGGCAAAACAAAUGUUACAUCAGUCUUGUACUUGGGACUAGCCUCAUUGACAUGUACAUGAAGUGUGGAUACUUGGAAGCUGCAAUGGAUGUCUUCAACAUAAUGGAAGAAAAAGGAGCACCUUGCUGGAAUGCUGUCAUUGUGGGGUUGGCCAUGAACGGCCUUGUGACGAAAUCCCUUGAGAUGUUCUCAGAGAUGGAAGCAUCCGGCACUGCCAUCCCGAAUGAGAUAACUUUCAUCGGAGUUUUGAGUGCUUGCAGACAUGCUGGCCUAGUUGAGGAGGGCCGCCACUUCUUCAAGUUGAUGCAACAGAAGUACCGAAUUGUGCCAAACAUCAGACACUAUGGAUGCAUGGUUGAUCUUCUUGGACGUGCUGGAUAUGUUAAGGAGGCUGAGGAUCUGAUUGAGAGCAUGCCCAUGUUACCUGAUGUUCCAGCAUGGGGUGCAUUGCUUGGUGCCUGCUGGAAGCAUGGUGAAAAUGAGGUUGGAGAAAGGGUGGGCAGGAAGCUUGUCAAUCUGGAUCCUCGCCAUGACGGGUUUCACACUAUGUUAUCUAACAUAUAUGCUAAAGAGGGGAUGUGGCAAUCAGUAAAUGACCUAAGGGACUCCAUGAAGCAACGACAUGUCCCAAAAGUUUCAGGAUAUAGUGUCGUUGAAAUGUCUCCUUCUUGA